AUGUCACACUCUCGCGAGGACCCGGGUACCCUGGACGAUCAGAACACUGGUCGCCACACCCCUGGUCUAGCUACCAACGUUGACGCGGAGAAACAGCAAAGUCAAGGACGUGUGAAACAAAAGAAAUCAGCAUAUGCAGGCCUCGGGUGGUUGGACCGACUCCUGGUCCUCUGGAUCUUGUUAGCAAUGAUCGUCGGCAUCCUGCUUGGCAAUUUUGUCGACGGAGUUGGGCCAGCUCUCCAGAAAGGCAAAUUUGUCGACGUCUCUGUUCCCAUAGCUGUCGGUCUGUUGGUGAUGAUGUACCCAAUCCUCUGCAAAGUCAAGUAUGAGACCUUGCAUCGCAUUUUUGGCCAUCGUCAGAUUUGGAUCCAACUGGGUUUCAGCGUUGUGGCCAACUGGAUUAUUGCUCCCGUUCUCAUGCUCGGAUUAUCUUGGACCUUCUUGCCGGAUCGACCUGAACUUCGCAACGGCCUCAUCUUUGUGGGGCUGGCACGUUGCAUUGCCAUGGUCCUGAUUUGGACUGGUCUUGCAGGCGGCGAUGAGGAGUACUGCGCAAUUCUUGUGGCUUUCAAUUCAGUCCUCCAGAUGGUCCUCUACGCCCCUCUGGCCAUUCUGUUCGUGAACGUCAUAAGCCACGGGGAAAGCUUUGAAGUUGCGUACGCGACAGUCGCUCGGAGCGUCGGGGUCUUUCUCGGAAUCCCUCUUGGAGCUGCCAUCACGACCCGCUUAAUCCUCAGGAACAUCAACGCUACCUGGUACGACCGGAAAUUCCUCCAAUGGAUUGCUCCGUGGUCGCUGUUAGGACUUCUUUACACGAUUCUCGUUCUGUUCGCCUCCCAGGGAGAGCAGGUCGUCCAUCAAGUUGUCUCAGUUGUCCGAGUAGCUGCCCCUCUUAUUGUAUACUUUGUGGUCAUUUUCUUUUUGACGCUUUUGAUCACAAAACGCAUCGGGUUUGGAUACAAACUUGCGGCUACGCAGAGCUUCACUGCAGCCAGUAACAACUUCGAACUGGCUAUUGCGGUUGCGGUGGCCACUUUUGGAGCUACCAGCGACGAGGCACUGGCCACUACCGUUGGUCCCCUAAUUGAGGUGCCGGUGUUAAUUUCACUUGUUUAUGUUGCGAGAUGGAUUGCCGGUCGUUGGAACUGGGAAGACUAG